UCACAGAGGAUCCUGGGUCCUGCUGUCCUUCGCGAAUAUGUGGCAAUAAUUCCGUUUUUGCUUUCCUUUUGAAAAUGUCGACGGGAGGGCUGGUGUCGGCAGUUUUCCUGCCCUUAUAGAGCACGGAUACUCUGGCUUCUUCAUCUGUGCCUUUAAAUUGUAGAAGUACCUGAUGAAGUUUAAGUGUAAACUGGCACAGGCUGACAUGGGGAGUUAUAUAAACAACUUAGCUGCCAAAAAAUCCAUGUGGACUGGCUCUCAAAUACUACUCAUGGUGUGUGCAUAUUACAGAUGCAGGAUGCGGUGGUGUUCCAGCUCUGUGCUCCACCUGCUGCGCUGUGUGCGGUCACGGUCAUGUACCAGGAGAGGAAGGAACAGGCUGCCUCUGUGGAUUAGGGAAAUAUGGGCUUACAUGAGGCUGUUGGUGCAGUCACUUUACUUUAACUCCCUCACUGACUCAGAUGUGGUUUUCGACUCAGUCUUUGAACCAGUGUUUUGGACUGUGGAUUAUGUCACCCGCUGGUUUGGCACGGUAUUUGUUUGUCUGGUGGUGAUACUGACCAGCUCCAUCGUGGUGAUAGCCUACGUGGUCCUACUGCCUCUGGUCCUCAAUACGUACUCCCCUGCAUGGAUUGCUUGGCAUGUGUGUUAUGGACAUUGGAACCUCAUUAUGAUUGCUUUCCAUUACUACAAAGCCACCAAGACCUCUCCUGGGUGUCCCCCAGCAGAAAAAAGUGACACACCAUUUGUAUCAGUCUGCAAAAAAUGCAUCAUACCCAAACCAGCAAGAACACACCACUGUGGUAUCUGUAACAGGUGCAUUCUGAAAAUGGACCAUCAUUGUCCCUGGUUGAAUAACUGCGUGGGCCAUUUUAACCACCGUUACUUCUUCUCCUUCUGUCUCUUCAUGACCUUGGGUUGUGUUUACUGUAGCAUCAGUGGCAGAAAUCUGUUCUUAGAUGCAUACAAUGCUCUUGAGCGCUUUAAACAUUUGGAUAUGGAAAAGCCAGGGGUACCAGUAACAGGGAUGGGACUUCUUAUAGGGCUUCUCCCCCCUGGCCAGACCAACUAUCAGACACCUGCACCACCUUACACCUUUAAGGAUAAGAUGAUUAAUAAGAGCAUCAUCUACAUGUGGGUGCUUACCAGCACAGUGGGAGUGGCCCUGGGUGCCCUGACAAUUUGGCAUGCAGUUCUCAUAUCCAGAGGAGAGACCAGCAUAGAGAGACACAUUAACAUCAAAGAAACAAAACGACUGGCAAAACGGGGAAGGGUAUACAGAAACCCUUUCAACUAUGGCAGGCUGAAUAACUGGAAAAUCUUCUUUGGCGUGGAGAAGAGAAGUCACUGGGUGACACGUGUUCUCCUUCCCUCUGGACACACCCCACAUGGUGAUGGUUUGACGUGGGACAUCCUGCCAGUUAAAAAGGACUUGAUACCUGUAUGACAGACCCUACCCAGGCAUGUAGCCUACUUUCAGCAGUCUUUUCUAUGCCCACCCCCCUCUGGUCAUUUGAUCUGGUUGGUUUAAAGGAUCCUUGCAUGGUGGCUCCAUACAACUGAAGAAAUGGGGUCAUUUUAACUUCCAAUACCUCAAAAAGUUGCUGUGGCAUUGCUCAUGGUCUGGCGGUCUACAUUCUGCAGUAGUGACAAGGCAAUGUAUCAUAGAUGAUUUGCUCUUUACUGGAUUUUACUCAAACUGGUCUUACUUGACUCUGACCGUUGUGCUAAUGAUGGGUUUGAUAUUUUUACAAGCCACUUGUACUGACUGACAUAUCAUUUUGAAACAACUCAGCUUGUUCUGCUCAAGUGUAUAUGUAUAUAUAUAUAUAUAUAUAUAUAUAUAUAUAUAUAUAUAUAUAUAUAUAUAUAUAUAAACUAAGAACACAAAGCUUUGGGACAAAAUGGUUAAUCUGAACACCAAUCUGAACACUCUCCAUACCAUUUGCACACUCCAGUUCUAUAUUAUCACUUGAUUGAACAGUACCAUAAUAAUGUGUUAUUUAUUUGUAUUUUGUACCUGGUAAGUUAAUAAAUCUUUAUAAAUUGCUUUAUUUAAAAA